AAUGAUUAAAAGGGAAACGUUUCGUUCUACCGAAAUACCUAAAUUAAGAGAAUGGUUUAACGUAAAUAGAAAACCGUCAAUGGCAGAUUUGGAGAAAUACCGAGAUAUAUUAAAUAACGGCCCAGCCAGAAUAGAUAAGUAUAAAAUAACAGUUCAGAAACUUCAGGUUUGGUUCAAGAAUGAGAGGCAAAAGGAAAAAAUAUCUGAAGGUAAGAAAUGCUCAGAUAAAGAUGACAAAUGUAGCAAAGAAGGAAAGUCUGAAGAAACGGCUAACGAUAGACAACAAACUUUAGCUCAAUUAGGUCUAGGUUCGCCAGAAUUUACAAUGGAUUUUGGUUUGGAAGAAGUUCAAAAGUUCGCCAGUUUUUACGAUGACUUUAAUCUAAAUGGAUAA